AUGUGGACCCUGUCCAUUCCUGAGCAUCUGCUGGAGGCCACCAUGUGCAAGUCCUUCGGAGCCACCUUAUCCGGGCGUGCUUUGCAGUGGCUGAUAAGUCUAAAGCUAGGUAGCAUCCAAAAUUUCGCUGCUUUAAUUAACAAGUUUUAUAUGCAGUUUGCCAGUAGCAGGGUCCUAGAGAAGCAUACCGGCGAUCUAUACCGCAUCACCCAGAAGGCUAAUGAAGUUGUGAGGCAGUAUCUGGACCGAUUCAACAAGGAGAUGAUCUCUGUCAAGAACCUGGAUGUCCCCACCGCUAUCGAAGCAUUUGGGAGAGGACUAACCUAUAAAUCUAGAUUGUAUUAUGAAUUGACCAGGUACCCAUGUGGCACGUUCGAAGAGGUCAGGGCCAGGGCUAUGGCUGAAAUACGUGUCGAGGAGGACGAGGCGUCCAGAUACGUGAGCGAGCCUAGCUACGAUCGGAAAUCCCAGAACCAGAAGAAGAAUGAUUGGCGCCACCAGCCAUAUCAGAAGCGCGAAAGUAACAAUGUAGCCAGCAAGGCCACAGAUGGCCACGCAAGAGCGACAGACCAGACAGCGAGAAGGAUACCACCAAGUGGUGCAGCUAUCAUGGCGACCAUGGCCAUCGAACAGAAGAAUGCAAUGCUCUCAAAAAGGAAGUGGCCUGGCUGCUCAAGAAGGGCUACUCGAGCACCUGAUGGGGAAGAAGGGGCAGCGAGAAGAAAAGCUGGCCCCAGCCAGCAACAGCCUCAUCCGCCACCUGAGCCCCUACAGGAUAAGGUAAUCAAUUCUAUCUCCGGAGGUUCAGAAAUAUGUGGACUAACAUACUCUGCAGCCAAGAGAUUUGCCCGCGAAGGUUCCAAAACCGCACCAAGCCCGCUGAGGAGCGCUGAAGAAAAAAAGCUCAGGAGUAUGACCAUCAGCUUCGACGAAGAAGAUGGAGAUGAGGAAGCUGAUAAUCAUGACGGCCUCGUCGUAUCUCUCACCGUCAGCAACUGCCUCAUGAAGCGAGUCUUGAUAGACAAUGGCAGCUCAGCUAAUAUCAUUUUCAAAAGCGCUCUAGAGAGCAUGGGGCUGCAGGAAGCUGAUAUCCUCAAGAAAGCAACUGUUCUGUUCGGGUUCAAUGGCGAGCCAGCUACAACGCUCGGGAAAUCGUGUUGCCCACCUAUGCAAAAGGAGUCAACCUCCAAACCAGGUUCAAUGUGGUAG